UGUCCCGGAUGCUCGGUGAGAGAGUGAGCCCAGGCAGGGAAGUGUUCCUGAUUUACCCCAGCCUGGGGAAAGCAGAUCAGCCUGGCUGGAGAGGGAGCAGCCCUGCAGGAAGGAUGGGAAUGGUGCUGCGAGCAGCCGUGUUCCUGAGCUCCCUUCUCCACUGCAGCGCUUUUCUGGACCUGAGUGGUUCCAGUGAGAUCAAAGGGGUCUGGAAGGACUCUGUCACUCUGCCUUGUGCCUUUGUGCCUGUGGAAGACCUCGUGCAGCAAACCAUCACCUGGACUGUGGUGCAUGACAAGGGUUCAGGUGCCAUCAUUCGGAGGGAUGACUCUGGGGACCACGUUCUCCUGUCUGAGUACAGGGACAGAGUCAGCAUCCCAAAGCAUGCCCCAGGAAAUGUGUCUCUUCUCAUCCGGACCCUGGAGAUCUCUGACAGAGGAACCUACACUUGCCAGGUCACCUGGAGAGACAGCAACAACAGCCUGAUAGCAAAGGAGAUCACCACCAGAUUGGAGGUUGUUAAAGUGGCAGCCACCAAGCCCAUCAUCAGAGCUGCGGAGCCGGGGCUGACGCUGCCGGCCGGAGCCAGCACCAGCCUGAGCUGCGAGGCCGGCGGCUCCCCUCCCAUCAGCUACCGCUGGUUCCGGAGCGGCCCGGCGGGCACAGCCGAGCUCCUGAGCAGCGGCGCUGAGCUGGCCUGGCCCAGCCUGCGGCCCUCGGACAGCGGCACGUACUUCUGCGAGGCACAAAACAGGGCUGGGGCCGGCGCCGUGCAGCGCAGCGAUGCUGUGCACCUGACGGUCACAGCUCUGCCCACAACAACAGCAGCUGUGCAGAGGAGUGUGGGAACCACGGGGGGACACCACUCAACCACCAGUCAGGAAAAACCUCAAACAGAGCUGGUGUCUGGAGGUACCUCAGGAAUCUCUUGGACUCCAUGGGGCCCCACCACUACUGCAGAUCUGCCCAUAACAGCAACGACUUCUGAGAGUGGUGUGGGAUAUCCAGGGAAGAAUGAAACAAUUCAUGAAUUCCAGAGGACUGGCUUGUCCCUGUACCUGGUCAUCCUGAUUGCUGUGGUCUGUGGUGCUGUGGUUUUCCUUAUCAUCUCUCUUAUCACUUGCAUUAGAAAGCCCAAAGAUGCUCAAGUCUAUGAUGUAAAAUUCCACAACUCAAGAGCAGCAGCUUCUUCCAGCACAGGUCACUAUGAGGAACCCAUCUCUGCCUCUGAAAACCACUAUGUGAUGGAGCUCAGUGAAAACAAAGUCUCUGAAGAAGUAAAUAAGAAUGUGUCUGGCUCUGUUGCCAGCCCCCAAGAAUCUGAGUAUGAAGUAGGGGACACUUCGUAAGAGCCAACAAUGCUCUGCAGAUACCAGUCCUGAGGAGCACCUUCACCCAGACAAAAUACAUAUUUAUUUUCCCUUCUGCCCCUGACAAAUAGGUUGGACAAGCAGUGGCUGCUCUCCCUUCACCGUCCCUGCAGUGAAAAUGCAGGAACUUCAGUUACAGACUGCUGUAUAGAAUCUCUGAUUUUGUUUUCCUUGAUUCCAUUUCACCACCUCUAUCCACUAAAGCCCUUUGAAUGCUGCAGCAGGCAGGUCCCAGGCUAGGAGCACUAUACUGAACUUACUGCUUUAUCUGGCCAAAAUGACCAGUGUUUCCAGCCUUUGUGUGGUGGGAGGAGAGCCAGCACCAGGGGCUGCUCAGCCUCCCCCUCCCUGUGGGUGAGCAGGGCGGUCAGUCACACUGGGGUCUGAGCUCUCACUGCUGAAACCCCAUGGGUAAGGGCUGCAAGGAAUCCCACAGCUUGCCCCAAAAUCACUCAAUUCCAGCUGCACUGCAAAGGCACAGACAAUGCAGCCCUCCAAAAGUGGUUAAACAGCAGUGUUAUCCUGGCUGGACAGCCAGCACCAGGAGCUGAUGAUAUUAAAUACAGCUGUUGUAAGGCAAGCUCAUUAAACUGAAAAUAAUUCCGUGAA